AUGUCUCGGUCGCACCAUCGACGGCUCGAUAUUACAUGGCGUCGAUCUACCCUUCUCGACCCAAGAACACGAGAUCCUCCCACGCCCAAGAAUAGUUCUCAAGGACUGUCGCACAAGCUGAGCAUGCAUGGAAUUCUCCUCCCAAGGCAGAGUGGGCUGGUCCAGAGAAGGCCUUCCAAGCUCGACAGGCGCAACAUCACCACGGUGACACCUCACGACCUACCGGACACAUUUCUGAUUGCUUUUGACUGCUGGAAUUCGCCCGCAGAUAUCGUCAGACCUUCUAGCUACAGGCAAGCUGCAGCAGCAAUAUACGGCAUGCAGUAA